AUGGCAAGUUUGGUACCUACAUGCAGGUACACAUCCAGAAUGAUGGUCCUGUAACUAUAGAAUUGGAGUCCCCGGCUGCCACUGUUGACCCUAAACAGCUGACAAAACUUGAAAAACAGCAACAAAGAAAAGAGAAGACCAGAACCAAGGUGCCCUCUGAAUCAAGUAGAGAAAGAAAUGCCCCCCGUAACAAGGAUGACCCCAGCGCAAGCAGUGGAGCAGAAGGAGACGUGUCUUCAGAAAGAGAGCCUUAGCUCAUCCAAAGCAGGCCUCAGUUUCUUGUACAAAAUCUACACCGGAUUCUUCAAGAGGGACCCGACAGACAUUCACCUCAGAAUCGCUCUUCGACGACUUUGGAAAAGAAAGGAAAAUGGGAAAACAGAACUAAGACAUUAGAGAUGUGUAUCAUUCUGUAUUGAAACAACCAAAGCCACGCUAUCAGAUUCAGUUGUUAGUGUGUAGUACCAGUAGUUCAAAGGACUUGUAACAUUUUUGUGUAUGUGUUUUCACGACUGGAGAGUAAAGGGUGACUGUAGGCAGAUUGUAGCAGAGCAUUCACUUUCAGUACAGAAGCUCCAUUUCAAAGAUAAAUCAGGGUUUUUCCUUAAACUUACACUUGAAUUCUAAAAAUUAUCGAAGCAGGCUUGUAUUUUGAUUCUCACUCUAUGGUGUCAUGUGCUACUUGUUUCCAUGGCAGCGUGUAGACCUGUGUAUAUUUUGUUAUAUUGUUCAGCUGCUACGUAACAGCAAGUUAGGCAGUCCUGUCUUUCUGCAUGGAUCAAGUUAUUAAAAGGAAAGAUCAGCCGCAAGUUGUUUAUCAUGUGGAACACAUCUGUCUUGUAAACUUUUUUAAAAACAGAAAAGACUUUAUUAAACAAAAGAUGCUAGCUGA